AUGAUAGCAGCCCCCAAGAUAUUUGAGAAUCAUUUGGCAGAGAAGAAUGAAUCCCCUCACUUUUAUAUUCAACAAUUCUAUGUUGAGUGUCUUUCUACCUUCUCUUAUUACAUUGAAUCCAAAGGGGAAGUCGCUGUAAUAGAUCCCUUAAGAGACAUUCAUUAAUACAUGUAUGAUUCAUAGUGCUAUGAUUAGCGAGUUAUCCAAAAAUAGGAAUGCCUAAAUCAAAUGGAUACUUGAAACUCACUUCCAUGCAGAUUUUGUAAGUGGACACAGAGAAUUAGCAAAUCUGACAGGAGCAACUAUUGUGUAUGGACCAACAGCUGUGGCCAAUUACCCAAUUAAAGAAGCGAAGGAUGGAGAGUUGCUUCCAUUAGGAAGUGUAUAAAUUAGAGUGGAUCAUACCCCAGGACAUACAAUGGAAUCAAGUUGUUUUGUUUUAAUCCACGAUGGAAGAGAUCACUCGGUCUAUACUGGAGAUACACUAUUUUUGGGUGAAGUCGGAAGGCCAGAUUUAGCAGUGAAGGUGGGUGAGCUAACAGUUGAAAUGUUGGCUUCAUAUCUUUAUGAUUCCUUGAGAAAUAAGGUGAUGAAGUUGAAUGAUGAUGUUAUUGUUUAUCCAGGACAUGGAGCUGGAUCAUCUUGUGGAAAAUCGAUUGGAACAGGCAAGUGUUGUACAAUAGGGAUGCAAAAAAAGAACAAUUAUGCUCUUUAAGAGAUCACAAAGGAAGAGUUUAUCAAUUAAGUUCUUAAGGGAAUGCCGAAGCCACCUUAAUAUUUCUUUCAUGAUGCAAAAUUAGUAAUUGUAGUAAAUUAUAAAUAUAGAAUAAAAGUGGUGCUAAUGACUUUUCGGCCAUUUUAAGUGAAGUCCAGAAAGCCUUAACAUUUGAGGAGUUUAUGAACUAUGUAAAGUAGGGAGCUUUGAUUCUUGACACAAGACCGAACAUUUAAGAAGGUGUAAUAAAAGGUGCAAUCAAUAUUACAUUUAUGUCUGGUUUAGUAAAUUUUGUGGGAUCAAUUAUCAAACCAGAAACAAAAUUAGUUAUUAUUGGAAAGGAUGGAGAGGCAAAGGAUUCCAUAUUACGAUUAUUAAGAAUUGGUUAUGAUAACAUAUUUGGAUAUUUGGAUGGAGGAUUUGAAGCAUAUAAAAGCAAUGGUGGAGAAUUGGCAACUCAGGUUUAAAUAGUUGGACUUGAAGAACUGUGCAAUAUCAAUGAUAAUUGGAGUAAUAAUUAUAUAAUUAGAUUAGAUGACAACGUUUUUGUGGAUGUUAGAGGAGUGGGAGAAUUGAGAGAGACUGGAUUUAUUAAAGGGGCCAUUUGCAUAGCUUUGCCUGAGAUUGAGGGGAAUGUUGACAAGAUACCAAAGGAUAAAAAAUUGCGUAUUUAUUGCAAGUCAGGAUGGAGAGCUAAGAUUGCGAUGAGCAUUUUAGUGAGGAAUGGAUUCGAGAGGAUUAUGAUUACUUAGGAUGGGGGAUUUGAAGAUAUGUGGGAGAAGAAGUUGAUUGAAAGAGUGGACAUGUGA